AGAAGCCUGCUAUCGACAAGGACUGUUAGAAGAUGGUGCACAAUGGGAUGCAACUUUGGGAGGGGCUGCUUUAUCACAAUCACUUAAAAGUCUCGGGGCACUAUUUGCAGUAUUACUACAGACAUGCGAACUGUGUGAUCCUGCAACUCUAUGGCUCAAGUACAGGGACAACCUGGCUGAAGACUUUCAGCGGCAAGCUCAACGGCUCUAUCCUGGCAUGGAGGGUAUCAGCAAUGAAGUCUACAACAAAACUCUCAUUGACAUUGAAGACAUAAUUGCCACCUAUGGCCUGCCACAAACAUUCAGGUCAGUGUCAAAUAGCCUUCCCACUGCUGUCAUUCGUGAAACAUCGUACGACACUCAAACGCUUUCAAAGUACAUUGCUGAAAACGAGCAUAAAUUACUUCCGGACCAGCUGCAGGCCUACACAACUAUUAUUAACAGUGUAUGCCAACGUGACGGACGAAUCUUCUUCCUUGAUGCUCCUGGAGGGACAGGAAAAACAUUUAUAACAAAGCUUCUCCUUGCAGAGGUUAGGCAGCAUCAGGACAUUGCAGUAGCUGUGGCUUCCUCUGGGAUUGCAGCUUCUUUGUUACCCGGUGGCAGGACAGCACACUCGACUUUCAAACUCCCUCUCAAUUUAGCAGCAUCCGACAUGCCUUCAUGCAACAUCACCAAAAGCUCAGAUCAGGGGCAGGUACUUCAAAGGUGUCAUCUAAUUGUCUGGGAUGAAUGCACCGUGGCUCACAAGAGAGCUUUGGAAGCAUUAGAUAGAGCCCUGAAAGACAUCCAAAACUGUCACGCUCCAAUAGAUGUUACGCUUAUGUUGUCAGGUGAUUUCAGGCAAACUCUUCCUGUUAUUCCGAAAGGCACUAGAGCAGAUGAGGUCCAAGCAUGCCUAAAGUCCUCUACCCUGUGGCAUCAUGUUACCUUCCUCACUCUUAACACUAACGUGAGAGCUCAGCUGCACGGCGACCAAAUGUCCAAAAAGUUUGCACAGGACAUUUUGACAAUUGGUGAUGGUAAGGUGCCUCUCGACGCUGCGGGAGAGAUGGAAGUAUGGCCAUUUUGCUCUGUUGUUAAUUCUGUAGAUGACCUCAAACAUAAAGUCUUUCCCAACUUCAAAGAAAACUACCUAAAUCACAAUUGGCUGUGUGAAAGAGCAAUAUUAGCUCCGAAAAACGUAGCUGUUACAAAAAUUAAUCAACAGCUGAUGCAUUCUCUUCCCGGAAAUCUUCAAACUUACAAGUCUGUUGAUACAGUUUCAGAUACAAACGAAGUGGUGAACUAUCCUCCUGAAUUUCUCAAUUCGUUGGAGCCUCCUGGACUACCUCUCCACAUAUUAUCACUUAAAGUUGGAACGCCUGUUAUGCUACUUCGCAAUCUGGAACCACCAAGACUUUGCAAUGGAACACUACUCGUGAUAAAGAAGAUGAUGUCACACGUUAUCGAGGCUACCAUUCUUUCUGGAUGUGGAAAAG